AUGGUGGCCAAGGAUGACGAGGCGUUCCACUGCGUCUACCAGAUGGAGGACGCCAGCGGCAUCCGCGGCGUGCGCCUGGCCAAGGAGUUGAUGGCGGUCGCGGGCCGCACCCUCAAGCAGAACAUGACCACCCUGGGGCCCAGGGUGCUGCCCAUCUCUGAGAAGGUGCUGUUCGCCACCAACAUGCUGGCCCGAGCCCUGCUGGGGUCCAAGAAGGUGGCGCCCUACGUGCCGGACUUCACCACCGCGUUCGAGCACAUCUGCAUCCACACUGGUGGCCGGGCCGUCCUGGACACCAUGGAGAAGGCCCUCAGGCUGCCCCAGGAGUACAUGGAGCCCUCACGCGCGGGCCUGUACCGCUUCGGGAACGUCUCUUCAACGUCCAUCUGGUACGUCUUGGCCUUCAUCGAGAGCUACCGCGGCGUCCGCAAGGGCGACAAGGUGUGGCAGCUGGGUUUUGGCAGCGGCUUCAAGUGCAACAGCGCCGUGUGGGUCGCGCGCCGCCGCAGCGCCGCCAUGCACCCCGCAUGGGAGAACUUCGACCUCCAGGGCAUGCGCGACGAGUUUGCCGCCGCCGAGAAGGAGAAGGCUGCUUACCUGGCCGCAAAGGCCGCCGCGGCCGCCAAGGCCCAGUGA